AUGUACCUGGUCACCAUGCUGGGGAAUCUACUCAUCAUUCUGGCCGUCACCUCUGACCCACACCUCCACACCCCCAUGUACUUCUUCCUCACCAACCUGUCUUUGGCUGACAUCAGUUUCAUCUCCACCACUGUUCCCAAGAUGAUUGUGGACAUCCAAACUCACAGCAGAGUCAUCUCCUAUGAAGGCUGCCUGACACAGAUGUCUAUUUUUAUCCUUUUUGGGUGUAUGGAUAGUAUGCUUCUGUCUGUGAUGGCUUAUGACAGGUUUGUGGCCAUUUGUCACCCACUGCACUAUACAAUCAUCAUGAACCCACGCACCUGUUGCAUCUUCAUUUUGGUGUCUUUUUUUGUUAGCCUUUUGGACUCCCAGAUGCAUAACGUGACUGUGUUACAACUUACCUGCUUCAAGGAUCACAGAGCUGGAAAUCUAACAAGAGUCUCAGAAUUCUUUCUCUUGGGCCUCUCAGAUGAUCCAGAACUACAGCCUUUGCUCUGUGUCCUGUUUCUGUCCAUGUACCUGGUCACUGUGCUUGGGAACCUGCUCAUCAUCUUGGCUGUCACCUCUGACUCCCAUCUCCACACCCCCAUGUACUUCUUCCUCUCCAACCUGUCCUUGGUGGACAUUGGUUUCAUCUCCAGCACUGUCCCCAAUAUGAUUAUGAUUUUGAACAUCCAAAGUCACAGCAGAGUCAUCUCCUACACAGGCUGCCUGACACAGAUGUCUACUUUUAUCCUUUUUGGGUAUAUGGAUUGUACUCUUCUUACAGUGAUGGCCUAUGACAGGUUUGUGGCCAUCUGUCACCCACUGCAUUACAUGGUCAUCAUGAACCCACGCACCUGUUCCUGCUUAGUUUUGGUAUCUUUUAUGGUUAGUCUUUUGGACUCCCAGCUGCACAAUUUGAUUGUGCUACAAGUUGCCUGCUUUAAGGAUGUGGAAAUCUCUCAUUUCUUCUGCGACCCUUCUGAAGUCCUCAAGCUUGCCUGUUCUGACACUUUGAUCAAUAACAUAAUCAUGUAUUUCUUUGGCACUAUCUAUGGUUUUUUGCCUAUCUCAGGGAUUUUUUUCUCCUACUAUGAAAUUAUUUCCUCUGUUUUGAGAAUACCAUCGUCAGGUGGGAGGUAUAAAGCCUUCUCCACCUGUGGUUCUCACUUGCCAGUUGUUUGCUUGUUUUAUGGAACAGGCAUUGGGGUGUAUAUAAGUUCAGCUCUCUCAUCUUCCCCUAGGAAGAGUGCGGUGGCCUCAAUGAUGUACUCUGUGGUCACCCCUAUGUUGAACCCCUUCAUUUACAGUCUAAGGAACAAGGACAUCAAGAGUGUCCUGUGGAGGAUUAGCCACAGAAUAGCCUAA